CGACACACAAUUGCAUGGCGUAGACGUUGGCUGUCGGUGUUUUAGAAACCUGUUGACGACAAUCAAAACGGUUUCGAGAAAAUCAAUUUCUAAAUCGAAAGUUCACGUUUUUGACGUACGCAAUGCUACUAAUAGCAACCUUCAUAUUUUUACCUGUAAUAACUCGUGCAAAUCGGCCAGUGAUGAUCCCCGAUCAAGUGCAACAGGUGAUCGAUGUAGGUCAAACUCUCAGUUUGUCUUGCAUCUACCAGUUUGAAACCGAGGAAGAAAGUAAAUCAGCUAACAUGACGUGGAUUCUGCCCGAUGUGCUCACCAAUUACCUAAAAACUCAGAACAGCAGCAUCGGACAUCGUUUUCGCUUCACGGUCGGUAGGAACGAAACUCACGUGAAAUCGUCAAUGGUUUUACAAGAGACCGUCCCCUCUGACACGGGAUAUUUUCGAUGCGCUGUCCUUCCUCAUAUCAAAAUCGACCAAUACGUUUACGUUUACAGUGAACGGGAACUCGUUUUCAUCGAUGUGUACCAUACCAAGACAUUUACGUCGUGGAAUGGUGAAUCUAAAGAUAUCCCAUGCAAACCUACUCAUCCAAAUGUAACCAUUUCAUUAUACCGGAGAAAUUUUUUGGCAGCUGAUGGAUGGGACUCGAUGCAGGAAUUGUCAAAUGAAUUGGGAAAUGCCAGUUGGUUGCUGAAACCUUUGCCAGAACGAGGAUUGAGGUUAACCAAUUCGAAAACUAGUGACCAAGAUAUAUACAAAUGCGUAGGCAAAAUGAAGGAAACUACGCCAACUGCUGAACCCACCGAACGCGAAUUCUACCUUUUCACCAACGAUAUAGAACUCGUUCGAGAUGGUGACGAUGAUCCGCUGGAAGGAAGCAACGUGACUCUGAAAUGUAUAAUUAAUUUAAAAAAUAAUUUCAACAACCAGCACAAGGUGUCCCUACACUGGUUUUACGUAGACAACGAAACCGGCAAAGAACAAUUUAUAAAUCAAACUAACCCUCCUAGAGGAAUUCAAGUAGAGUUUUCAGGGAAGGGUUCAGUUGGCUUCUUUCACGGAGAAGAAAUUCAAAGAUUAACCUUGGAAAGUUCCCUGAAACUGCUAGGUAUAAGACUCAAUACGCAGACGCGCUUUCAAUGCAGAGGCCAUGAGAAUCGACAAAUCAUUUCUCGAUGGAUUACUUUUCAAAUCAAAGAAAAAAUCGACCCAGUGCAGGUCCAACUGGGAAGAGGAAUAGCUCAGAAUUUGACUUGCAAUCGAUAUUUUGAUGACGUCCACAUCAAAUGGUUCAAGGAUGACAAGGAAUAUUCGGGACUAAUUUUUACGAGCAACAGUUCAUCGGUGUUGCCAUUAAACGGAAUCGAUGGAGAAAAUUCAAGUUAUUCUUGUCGUUGGAUCAACAGCCGAGGAGAAUUGAGAUCGAGAAAUUUCAAUUUUGCUGAAGAAACUACUUUUACUACAUUUACUAUUGCUAAUCCAAAGACGACCUCUGUUGAGCUAAUCAUUAAUUGCGUAUCUAUCUUCCUAUGUUUGGUAUCUGGAAUAGCAAUAAAAAAAUUCGUCGAUAGGGCUAAGGAAAAAAUGGAAAAGGAAAUUCAGAGAAGAUUGGAUGGAAAUCCUGAUGGCAUUGAUCUGAAUUUGCCGAUCGACUAUCAAACGGAAUUUCUCCCUUACGACAAACGCUGUGAAUUUCCAAAAGAUCGCCUCAGACUCGGAAAACAACUGGGAAAAGGAUGUUUCGGAGAAGUUUACAAAGCCGAAGCUGUUGGACUCAAAGACUCGGACGAAACUGUUACGAUAGUGGCCGUCAAAAAGGUUCUUUCUACAUCGCAAUUUAGAACGAAAUCAAAGACGGCCGGAUUAGACGCUCUCAUAAGGGAACUGAAAAUUCUCAAUUAUUUGGGAUCGCAUUUAAAUGUCGUCAAUCUACUGGGAGCCUGCACCAAAGACAUCAUCAAAGGCGAACUCUUGGUGAUUAUCGAUUAUUGUCGUUACGGCAAUUUGCAAUCGUAUUUAAUUAAACAGCGCAAUACAUUUGUCAACCAAUUGGACGAGGUCGGGAAUCUACAAUUGACUAACGAAUUUGUUGGAAUUGACGAGACUCGCAGUCAUGGCAUUGACUCUUGUGCAGAGUCAAAUCCUGGACCCUCAGAUCAUUUUGUAUCUCAAACAAUAAACUCGACGGCCGACGGUUCAAUUUGUCACGCAGAUGAUUGCCUUCAAGAAAUAGAAGCCAAUUGGAAAUAUGGAGAAAAUUCAGACCCUAGUAGCAAUGGACCAAUUUCCACCUGGAAUUUGAUCAGCUUUUCUCUACAAAUAGCCAAGGGCAUGGAAUAUAUCGCGAGCAAAAAUAUUCUGCAUGGUGAUUUGGCCGCUCGCAAUGUCCUUUUAGCCGAUCAUGGAAUUGUUAAGGUCGCUGAUUUUGGAAUGGCCAGACAAAUGCAAAACUACAACUACCACAUGAAAGGACAGGGAUUACUACCAAUUAAAUGGAUGGCCAUCGAAUCGCUGACCGAUCACGUAUUUUCCAGUCAAUCGGAUGUCUGGUCUUACGGCGUUGUUCUAUGGGAGCUCUUUGCCCUGGGCAAAAUUCCCUACCCAGGAAUGAACGGCCCUAUACUCGUCAAAGAUAUUCAAGACGGACUGCGAAUGGAGAAACCAGAAUACGCGCCUAAUUUCGUUGGGGAAGUGAUGAAAAGCUGUUGGGACAAAGAACCAAACGACCGACCAACGUUUCAUCAGCUGACCAACACGAUCGAGAAUUACAUGGAGCCAUUCGUUAGUUCUCAGUACUUGGAUUCAACUUUAAUUGAAAACUAAGCUAACGAAGACUUUGGUGACUUCCCUCGGAAUGAUUUGCAAUGAAAUUUGAAGAACAAGAAAUAAAUUCUCUAUCGUUAAAGGAAUUUUUUGUGGGAGGGGGUCCCAAGAUUGUUGGUGAGAAAGAAACAAAGGAAUGGACACGUUUCUCAAGUAGAGUUUACACACACACACACAAAACAAUAGAAAACAAUUCACUUUCAAUUGCGACAUAAUCAGUCAAAAAGCCGAACAUGGGCGGGAAAACAACAUCGAAGUGUGAAACCAAAGUUCUUUUUUUUUAUAAUGCUGUUAAACCUAUGUUUCGUCUUUCCGGCCAAUUUUCGUUCCUUUAUUGCAAAAAAAUAAACUUCAAAAAGAAAACUA